GAAUCAUCAACUGCUUCUAAGGCCAGUUUUCCUGAAAAUGAGACCUCUCCUUCUUCACCAAAGCAUCAAGCCACGGGUCAAGAGAAGUAUGGGCUAUUGAAUGUGACAAAAAUUACAGAAAAUGGGAAGAAAGUUCGAAAGAAUUGGAUGUCGUCGUGGGCAGUGUUACAAGGUUCAUCACUGCUGUUCACUAAAACCCAAGGAAGUGGAACUGGCUGGUCAUUUUGCCAAGGGAGCUCAAUUCCUGAGCUCUUGCUCUCGCUGCUUUCUUCUUGGAAAAAUGCUCUCAGUCGUCGACCUGCUGUCACCUAUGUAAACUCUGACCAAGUUUCAGCUAUCACUAAGUUUGGUGUCAAUCAGUCUAAGCCAGAAUUUACAGUGGAUCUCAAAGGAGCAUUGAUUGACUGGGCCUCAAAGGACAAAUCCAGCAAAAAGAAUGUUAUUGAGCUAAAAACCCGCCAAGGAACUGAGCUCUUAAUUCAGUCUGAUAAUGACAGCUUUAUUAAUGAAUGGUAUAAAGUUCUUAACUAUACCAUCAACAAUCAGGUAGUGGAGUCUGAUGAAGCAUUAGAAGAUGAGAUUCCAGAUUCUCCAGGGGUGGAAAAACAAGACAAAGAGAAAGAGAAUAAAGACUCUAAAGACUCUAAGAAACUUCGUUCAGUGAAAGCACCUAGCAAUAUAGAUUCCACAGAUCAGAAAAAGACCAAAACGAAGCUCAAGAAGUUCCUUACACGGCGCCCUACAUUACAAGCUGUCCGUGAAAAAGGCUACAUUAAGGAUCAAGUGUUUGGUUCCAAUCUCACCAGCUUGUGUCAAAGAGAAAACAGCACGGUGCCAAAGUUCGUGAAGCUGUGCAUUGAGCAUGUUGAGGAACAUGGAUUAGAUGUUGAUGGCUUAUACCGAGUUAGUGGCAAUCUUGCAGUGAUACAGAAGCUAAGAUUUGCAGUCAAUCAUGAUGAGAAACUAGACUUGAACGACAGUAAAUGGGAAGACAUACAUGUCAUCACAGGAGCUCUAAAGAUGUUUUUCAGAGAAUUGCCAGAGCCACUGUUCACUUACAAUCACUUCAAUGACUUUGUCAAUGCAAUUAAACAAGAACCAAGGCAGCGUGUCCAUGCUGUUAAAGAUUUAAUCAAACAGUUGCCAAAACCAAAUCAGGACACUAUGCAGGUACUCUUUAGACAUCUGAAGAGAGUUGUAGAAAAUGGAGAGAAGAACCGAAUGACCUAUCAAAGUGUAGCAAUAGUUUUUGGUCCAACCUUAUUAAAACCAGAGAAAGAGACUGGUAACAUAGCAGUCCACACAGUAUACCAGAAUCAGAUUGUAGAAUUAAUUUUACUGGAAUUGAAUUCCGUCUUUGGACGCUGACACUUUUCUUGGAGUAGAAACUGGAAGUGAUGGGUUGGCAGCAGUACUCCAUCAGAAGGAAAAUCUCUCGCUGUACAUGAUGUAUUAUGUUUGUGGACCAAGCAGCAACUUGUUUUUUGCACUUUUGGGAGGGGAGAAACAGGAGAAAUGUUUGACCACUUUAAUGCGAAUUAAAGACAUCACUUUGGUUUUCUUUGAAAAGUUCAAUGUAAAAAGUGAAUUGAAAAGUUUAUAGUUUGCCUUUUUUAAAGUAGCAUUGGAAAAAUGUAAUAUAGGUUCAUA